GCCGGGGGUUGCAGCAAUGAUACACACCCAUGCCAGUCCAACAGCGAGGGCCCGAGCGCACUCUCCUCCCAGCCCGUUACAAAUAAGGAGGUCAACCAAUGCCGUCCUCAACACUGAUCUGCUCGUGCUGUAAAGGCAAGACAGCUUUCGUCUUCCAUAUACCUUCAUAGGUUGUCUAUCUCGUUGCUGGCAUACACUCUGGACGAUAUUGGCGAACUGGGAAAAUCGAAGCUGCUCUUCAGGCCCGUCCUCUGAAUUACGGAUAUUUGUUCUGUUCAUCCUCAGGUUAGGAUGUCCUCCUCAGGAGUGACCUUCGGUACAGAACGAUACGGACCGUCAUCCCCUGACACGCCCUUCGGGUCACCCCAGCGAGGGAGGCAACUCGACGUCAAGCCCCAUACUAUUCGGAUCCCGCCCGCCGUCCACGAGUUUGAAAGCCCUACCUACCAAAACGUCCCUCAACCCUGGGUCUCUCCCAGCCAACUGACCAUUCGGAUCAGUGGCUCGUCGCCUUACUCUGGGAACGACGUGGACGACUACGCCUCUGACGGAGAAUCCUCUGGAAUCCAAAUGUCACAUCACAUGAACUCGUCUCACGGGAAUGACACGGGCGACCGAAGCUCAGACGACACAGACGAGGGUGAAUACCCGGACUACCCGGACGUCGUUAUUCCUGAUGAUGGAGAUGAUGACGAGGAAUACGACGGUUCGCAAGCUGCCAAGCGGAAAGUCGUUGAUGGAGUUCACGAUGUCCUUAGACGUGCCCGUUCGGCGGCCAACGCAAAGAAGAAGCAAAAGAGACACCGUCUAUCGCAUGCUGAAACGCGUUUCUUGUUGAGCGAGUUCGCCAGCGAUCCGAGACCGACUGCAGAGCGUCGCGAAGAGCUGGCCAAGUGUGUGGCGGGGAUGAAUGCGAGGAAGAUCCAAGUGUGGUUCCAGAACAGGAGGGCGAAGCUCAAGCGCAUCUCUCCUGAGGACGCCAAUCGUAUUUCACAAUCGAGGGCUAUUCCCAUGCUCAAUAUGAACCGAUCUCCGAAUCUGAGCGUUCCUUCGUCCAGCAAUGAACCUCAUGGUCGACGCCGGUCGCCUCAGAUUCCCGAAGAUGUCUUCAGGCCGACUCGGGAAGUCCCCCAGCCUGAGUUCGUUUUGCCCUUGGGUCCUGCAAGUCAAAGUCAACAAAGUCAGAGGGAUCCUCAAAGAUGGUCCAGGCCGUAUCCUCAUCGUCCACCCGUUUCAUCCAUGUCCUCGCCUUCCUUGAUGCAAAAUCACCAUUCUUCUGCACCUUCAUCGUACUCCUCUGGUCAGGAUACCCCUAUGAGUCAGACAUCGGCGUUCUAUGAUGGGCCUGGGUAUCAUGGUGGUGAAUCUUCUUCGCCUGUCCGGCGUGCUCCGUGCGGAUACUCACCCCACACGUCGUAUUCGCCGGAUAUUCCGCGCUCCUGGUCUGAGCGAUCUUGGUCUGAGCCCAGUCCGUACAUGCAGUCGAACCACUCGUUUGAGGGUCCAUCCACACCAAUUGGAUAUCAUCAGCACUCUCCCUAUAUGCAACAGCAACACUCGACUGGACCACCAUCGGCUACUUGGACAGCAAGCGGCCAUGCGCCAUUGGCUCCUCUCCAUACCUCCACUUUGAAACAGGAACAUCAGGAGGUUCGUUACCCGCAGCAUCCUCCGUCGCAGUCGGUGUAUCAGGAGGCUCCUACGUCAUCUUCGGGGUUGGGAAUUUCUUUCGAGCGGAACCAUACCCUUCCACACCCUCUCCCGCCCGUGCAAGAAACCCCGCAUUACGUGAACCCAGGUCGAUACGGACCUUGUGAUAGCAACACGGAGCCGAUGCGCUCCUUGCCGGUUCUGGGUCAUAAGAGACACAGGAGUAACAGCUUCUCCGAAGGUGUCUACCAUUGAUUAACGAUGUAAGGCUUGAACCGUGAGAUUGGACGAUGCAAUGAUUGUGAUGGCUUAUAGACAUUCUGAGCUACCCAUGCUCGUGGAGUUUUCGGACGUUUUGAACAUGCUCUUUGGACACAUUUCUGAUUUAGUGGAGU